GGGGCGUGGAAAUGGCGAAUUUGGUGGUGUUUUUUCUAAUGAUUUUUACGAUUUUGAUCAAUUUCUGUUGUCGAUCAGAAGCACAGGCGGCCGCCGUCGGAGUAAACUACGGCUUGCUCGGAGACAAUCUCCCCUCUACGGAGCAGGUGGUGGCUCUGUGCGCCUCCAGAGGCAUCGGCAGGCUCCGCCUCUUCCACCCGGACGAAGCAGUGCUCGGUGCCCUCCGAGGCUCGGGCAUCGAGGUCGUUCUCGGCACCUUCAACGAGGAGCUCCCCGGCCUGGCCUCCGAUCCCUCCGCUGCCGAGAAUUGGGUCGCGGCCAACGUUGUCCCCUUCGCCGGCUCCGUCCGCUUCCGCUACAUCAACGCCGGGAACGAGGUGAUCCCCGGUGACAACGCCGGGUACGUCCUCCCGGCCAUACGAAACCUCGACGCCGCCCUGCGGGCCGCCGGGUUGCAAAUCCCGGUCACCACAGCGGUGGCCACGAUGGUGCUCGGCGUGUCGUACCCUCCGUCUCAGGGGGCUUUCUCGGAGGCCGCUGCCGGUGUGAUGGCCCCGAUUGCGGCGUUUCUCCGGUCGACAUCGGCGCCGCUGCUGGUCAACGCGUACCCUUACUUCUCCUACGCCAGGAAUGAGGUGGCGUUGGACUAUGCGCUGUUCAAGGCGGCAGGUGCGCCGGUGAUUGACGGCACACUGGUGUACGACAACCUAUUCGACGCGAUGGUCGACGCGGUGUACGCAGCACUAGAGAAGGUAGGGGCGCCGGAGGUGGGGGUGGUGGUGUCGGAGACAGGGUGGCCGUCGGGAGGCGAGGGGCUGGGGGCGACGGUGGAGAACGCCGCGGCGUACGUGAACAACGCGGUGGCGCACCUGGAGAAAGGCGGGGGGACGCCGAGGAGGCCGGGGACGGCGACGGAGGCGUACUUGUUCGCCAUGUUCAACGAGAAUCUGAAGCCGGCGGGAACAGAGCGCUACUUCGGGCUGUUCCAACCGGACAUGACCGAGGUCUAUCAUGUCAAUUUCCAUCUUUGAAGGGGGAAAAAGAAAAAAAAGUUAAUUAAAAUUGUUAUUAUUUUUUACUGCUUUGGUUCCAAGUUGAUGGAUCUGG